UCCUCCUGGUGCACAGGAACCUGAUCCAGUGCCAGGGUCAAACAGGCUGGGUCCAUGGCCGCACUUUCUCACUCUGGUUUUUCAUAACUGGGGCUGGCCCAGCAGAUGGCCAAGGAAGGAAGGUCCUGUGGUGGGCCAGGGCCAAGGAACUGAGUUGCAAGGCUGUAAUGGAAUCCCUGCUAGCUAGAGCGCCCCAAACCUAGGCUGUGACCUGCUCACUGUCUCUGUCAAUCUCCAGUCCAGCUCCCUAAACCCUACAGGAGCUCAGAGCUUGCAGUGGGUGGGAGGUGGCUGGACAGAGUGUAAUGACCCCAUGGCUCUUUCCCGGAUGUUGCUGGAAGCCAGCACCUGUUGAAUCCCACCCCACCUCCUCCCUGCCAGCAUCUUGGUGCCUGGGAAUUAAAAUUUAGGAGUGAUAGAACUAUACCACUUUAGGGUGGUGAAGAUGUUGGAUGCUUCACAGAGGCUUUGGAAUCAAUGAGCCCCAAAUCCAAACCCAGGCCUACCCUGUAACCUUGAGCUGGUCACAGCCGCUCUGAGACUCUGUUUUUUUUGCUUUGAAGUGAGGUGCACACCCCAACUUCCGAGGGCUACGGAAAGGAAGCUGUCUGUGUUGUCCUGUUUGGACCACCUGCUGCCUGUACUGUGCACCUUCCUGCCUCGUGACCUGGGGCUGUGAAGGCCAAUGCUGCUGGCCAUGGACACAGAUCAAACAGCCAACUGGAAUAACCCUGGUGACAACGACAGGGAUCUGAAGAUGCUCUUGCACCAACUCUGCCAGCUGCAGGCCAAGCAGAAGAAGCUGGAGAGAGAGCUGGAGCGGCACAAGCCAUUUGCAGACUAUCUGAUGAAGGUCCUCGAGAGAAUCCCCAAAGGCUGCAGCGACACAGAGGAGCCCGAAGCUGUCCGGCUGGAGGCCCUCGUGCAGCGCUACAGGAAGAUCCUCUCGGCCAGCAGGGACGUCCAGCAGCACCUAGGCGUCUUUUCCCAGAUGAACCAGGCCGUGCGCGCGGCACUGGAGUCUCUGGAAGACAGCCACAGGGCUCUUCUGCCGAGCCUCAAGAUCCGGCUGUGUCAGCUGCAAAAGAAGUGUCACUACAAGCAGGAGCAGUGGCGGCAGCUGGAACCCGGCAUCACCCUCCAGAACAGCAUGGGCUUUGACACUGCCCACCACGGAGGCCACAGUAGCCAGCUGCUCAGCUACAUGCAAAUGGCCAUCAACAACAUGGCCCAGCAGUGCUACCCUGAGGCCCCUGGCAUACCCACAACCAUGAGUCUCUUCUCCAAGCUGGACCUGAUUCAGGCAUUUAUACUGGACAAGAUGGAGACCGUGAAGAUGGUUUCGCUGCUCACAGAGCCCAGGGUGUGCUGGGCCGGAGACAGCCUCAGGGAAAAGAACCCGAGAAGGCAGCCUGGGCCCUUCAGGAAGUGGCCAAGGAGCCCAGCUGCGUCCCCCAGGACCCCAUUUCCCAGUUGCCAGGAUUCGGAGUGCUCCAGCCUGUCCUGAUGGCCACCUUCCAGGCUGAGACAUCAUGACUGACUGGCUCUUUCUUGCUUGUCUCCUGUUCUUGUCAUCACCCAAGGGCACAGGGGACAGCCUAAGGCAGUAAAGGGCAAAUACAGCACCCAUGCUAGGGUUGGCAGGGCUGCCUGGGCUGGAGGGGAGGUGGCAGCAGAGGGACAGGAAG